UCUGGUAGAACCGUUCAUUUCUGAGAUUGACAUUCCGAUUGCUGACGUUAACUUCGAUCUGACCCCUUGGAUAGAGAAGGGAUACAGUGUGGGUGUGCUGCGUCAGAAUGAGAUGGCUUGGUGGUUUCUGUUUGACUGCUUGAAGAAAGACAGCCUGAAAAACAUGGCUAGACAUGCUGGUUCCCCCUUCAAGGCAUUCCGUGCGCUCAAGGAUCACUUUCUACCGUUGAGCCAAAGCCAGAUUCGAGUGCAGGAAGAGAAACUGAAGUCACUUAGCAUGCGUUCCAACGAAAAUCCCACAACCUUCUUUGCAUCCAUCAGAGAGACGCUUGGUGUGCUGCAGAUGCUUGGAGUAAAGAAGGAUGACAGAGAGGUGUGCAAUCUGAUGCUUGAGGGGCUGUCGCCCGAGUACAAGACUUUGCGUGAGAUUCUUGUGGUGUUCUGUUCGAAUGACCCGUCGUUCAUCGAGACUAAAGUGCAGUUUGAUGGCGAGUCAUGGAAUGGUCUUGGUGGUCCUGAUGGUGUGAUGACUGCUUUCAAUGGACAAGUAACCUUUCAGAACUUCGAUGGCAUGCUGAUUGCGUCUGCGUAUCGUCUAGGAGAAGCCUCUGUUGGCACGGUGUUGGCUGCUCUCACUCCCGCAAACCCCAAGCAUGAAACCACGAUGGAUAUCAACGAGUUCCACAACAUUUACGCUCAUUCGCACGAGGGUUUGCUUCGCACUACUGCAAAGCGACUAGGUACCAAGUUGGUUGGUGACAUGCAUGCUUGUUCAGGGUGUUCGAUGUCAAAGGCUAUUCGAAAAGGAAUCGUUGGAGAAACAAAACGUAGAUCGGAUAAAAAGUUGGGCAGAGUUUUUGUUGACCUGGGAGGAAGGAAGGACAUUGCGUCCGUAGGGGGUAAGCAUUAUCCCAUGAUUGUGAAGGAUGAUUUCACGAGACGUACAUGGAUUUGUUUCCUGAGAAAUAAAUCAGACGCUGGCAGUGCAUUCCGGACUUUUCUUGCGAGUGUGCGUGCUAAUGGUGUCCCGUCAUUCGUUGAGAUUGUUAGAUCUGACAACGGAGGGGAGUUUUUCGGGGGGGAGUUUACAUCUGUGUGUAAUGAGCUCUUGAUCAAGCAAGAGUUCACACCGGCUUAUAGUCCGCAAUAUAAUGGUGUUGCAGAGCGUGGGCUGGGAUUGAUAGAAGAGGCCGCGAUGGCGGCUCGUAUUCAGGCUAAAGUUCUUUUUGGGCAUGUGCAGUUACCUAAGACUGAUAAACUCUGGGCUGAGGCUAUGCACUGGGCUUGCGAAGCGAUGAAUCACACCGCGUGUUCUGCUAACCCCGACUCUAUGUCGCCGUAUGAAAUGUGGUAUGGUGAACCUCGUCCCGCUAGACCGUAUCCGUUUUUGAAGCCAGCGUACUGCAGGUGGCAGCGACCGACAAAGCUGCUGCCGAAGGGUGAGAGUUGCUUUUAUGUCGGUCCUUCGAGAGACCACCCGCGUGAUUGUCAUAGAGUACUUACGAGGGCUGGGACUAUACAGGAAACGAGGGAUGUGACGUGGGAGGUGUUGCAGUCACAGCUCCCUCCGCUGCAACCUUCUCUGCCAAUAGAGGUCGCAGAGGAGGGAGGGGAGGAUAGUGACGACAAUGUUGAAACCGAGGUAUGGCCGCUUGUAGGAAGAGGAGUUGCUCACACACUUUUGAAACGUGAUGCAGUGCCUUCUGGUGCGAGAGUCGAGGAGGUUGAGAGUGUUGGCGCAGGAAGUGUAGGCCCAUCAUUUUCUGUUCCAUCUUCCCCUGCUGAACCGUCGUCCCUCGCGAACAAUUCUUUUGAUAGUGUAGCCUCUGUGUCUUCUCCAAUGCCUGUGAAUGACGGGGAAGGCCAGGGAGGGCAGGAAUCAGGGGAAUUAGAGAUGGGGGAUCCGGGAGGGGAUGAUGAGGAAGAAUCGAUGGAACAGGGAGGGCAUGAUGAUGAAGAGUCGAUUAGGUCGGGAGGACCGGUAGAGGCGGAGGCACCCCCUCCAGCCGCUCGUCGUCCGCGGCAUGUGGCCGAGCUUGCUGACUUUAAUACUGCUUCGCGUGAGAAUGAUGAAGUGAGAGAAGGUAGGACUCGCGCGCAAACUCGUGCAGUCAACCAGCAGAGUGUUCCGGGCCUUGUGGCCAGCCUAGGACCCAUCUCCGCUACGGAGUUAGUGUAUACACUGAUGUCGGAGCAGAGAGCAGGUGAUGAGACGGAAUUGCCGAAAGAACUGGUUCAGGAUGUUGAGUCAGUACCUGAUAGUUAUCAGGAAGCCCAGCGUUCAAAGUACGCAAAGAUUUGGGAGGGAGCCAUGUCUGCUGAGGUUGAAGGCUUGAUAAGAGCAGGAACGUUCACGUUAGCAGCAAAAGUCCCGAUAGGCUGUAAUGUGAUAGAUGCUAGAUGGGUUUUCAAAUGGAAAGCAGACGAAACAGGAAAGAUAGUGAAGGCCAAGGCUAGGCUUGUAGCGAAGGGCUUCAAGCAGAAGUAUGGUGUGGACUAUCUUGAGACUUUCUCGCCUACCGCAAAUGCUGCAUCUCAUAGAUUGGUAGUGGCGUUGGCGUGCAAGUACAACUUGGAAUUACUCCACUGGGAUAUUGAACAAGCAUUUGUUCAGUCGGAAUUGGAUUACGAGGUGUUCAUGAAGUUGCCUCCUGGCUGUGGUUCGAUGUCAGGAAAGGUUGUCCGUUUGAACAAGAGUUUGUACGGAUUGAAGCAGGCAUCUAGAACAUUUUACAAGAGGCUGGUGUCGGAGCUGAAGAGGAUUGGUUUCGAGCAGUCUAUGUCUGACCCCUGUGUCCUGCGUUUCAUGAUGGGAGACGAGGUAGUGGGGAUGGUCGCAAUUCAUGUGGAUGACAUUCUGUAUGCAGGAACGAAGAGUCUGGCUGAGGUGGUAGUGGCAGCACUAGGUGACUCUCUUCCCACGAAGAAUUUGGGCGAGGUCAGGUUCUUUCUUGGUUGCGCAUUCGUUCGCGACCGCGAGGCUGGUACGAUUGAGAUGUCUCAAGAGAGUUACAUCAGGAGUGUUCUUGAGAGAUUCAAUGUUUGUCGCACCAGCUCGAUCCCUGCUUCCCCUACUAACGAUUACAGGUCCGUGAUGGAGGAUGAGGGGGCAGGAGAUGUGCCGUUCCGAGAGGUGGUGGGGAGCCUGAUGUGGAUCGCCAACCAGACGAGGCCCGACAUCUCGAAUGCUGUGCGGGCGGUGGCAAGGCACUCUCACGAGCCAAAGAAAAGUCACUGGAAGGCUGCUCAGAAGAUUCUAAAUUAUCUUCUGGAAACGGCACAUCUAACUCUAAAAUUCAAACCGGAUAAUUCAGUAGACGCAAGCACAUUAGUGUACGUAGAUGCUGAUUUUGCGAGCAAGGCCAACGACCGUAGAUCAGUUUCGGGAGCAAUAGUGCUUGUGGCUUCGAUGCCUGUGGUUUGGAUUUCUAAAACGCAGAAAUGCGUUUCACAGUCGACUUCUGAGGCAGAGUAUCUUGCGAUGGGUGACGGUGUAAAGGAGGCUCUGUUUGUGAAUGGAAUGCUUCAGUUCCUGAGACCUAGUGCGAAGCCUCGGAAGAUAGACGUCCUUGAGGACAACGAAGGAGCGAUUGCGCUCGCAGAGAAUCCGCUUAGCUCGAGUAGGAGUAAGCACAUUGAUGUGAGGCAUCACUUCCUUAGGAAUUUGACAGAGGAGGGUGUUAUCGAGGUUACGCAUGUCCCAAGCGAGGAGCAGCAUGCUGACAUCCUCACGAAGGCUUUGCCGAGAGACCUUUUUGAAGUUCACCGCGACUUUGCAUUAGGCUCAAGGAAGUAUAAGUCUGUUUUUUUUAUUUUUUGUUUGUUUGUUUUGCUUUCAUACAUGCGAAGUAAACGUAUUUGGUCUGGUAGAUACAAAGGCCCCCUAGGGAGGGUGUUCGUGGUAGCGGCCUUAUGUAUCGCCUGAGCUACGGUAGAACAUCUGAUUGGAUAUUUUUAAUUGCAGAACUGUCGAUCGUAGGUUGUCAUGCCGAGUGUUCUGCGAAUAUUCUUUGUGGUAGUUCGGUAGAUUGUACACACGUAAGGAUCGUACAACGGACCGUAGGUGUAAGUCGGUACGUUGGUAUGUGGUACGUUGGACACUUGUCCAGUAGGAACGUUCUAGCAUUGUCGCUAGAGGUCGGGCUUACGGGUCAUUGUCGUGUUCGGUACAUUGCUUUGUGUUCCGAGUGUGCAUCUAUCCGGAGGAGACGUUGGGAGCUGGGAGCAUCACGCUCGCCCCCUGUCCUCACUCCACUUUCCGACCUGUCUCUCCAUACCUAGGUCUCACUAAUACAAUAUUCUUCUCCAGAAGCCACUGAUUUACCAACACCACCAUGCACAACAUACUGCUGCUGCCAUUCACCU